GUCUGACCAAAUGUUAACUGUUGUGGUAUUUUUCAGAUCAAUGAAAGAACGGGAGGAAUGGGUUUCAGAGCUGAACAAAGCGAUCAAAGAAAACACUACAAAACGCAUAUCAUUUGCCAAAUCCGGUAGCGUAUGCAACGACGAGACGUUAAUCCCGGCGCUAGACUUGGGCACAGUGGCACCGGUAUGGAUACCGGACGCCCGGGUGACCAUGUGCCAACUGUGUACCGAG